AUGGAAAUGAUCCAGUUCCAAAAACAGAAGAGAAAGACAGGCAUUAUUAUUCCUGCAAACAAAGUGACCAACAACAAAAUCAAAGCAAGAAACAGAACAAGCAGCAGCAACAACAGCAACAACAACAAUGGCAAGUUUGUUGGUGUUAGACAAAGGGCUUCAGGGAGAUGGGUUGCUGAAAUCAAAGACACAACAAAGAAGAUCAGGAUGUGGCUUGGAACCUUUGAGACUGCUGAAGAAGCUGCUCGAGCCUAUGAUGAGGCUGCUUGCCUUCUUCGCGGAACAAAUACCCGAACCAAUUUCAUCCCACAAGCGCCAACCAAUUCCCCUCUCGCUUCUCGAAUCCAGAAUCUCCUCAACAACAGAAGAGGAGGAGGAGGAGGAGUUAUCCAACAACAAAAACAACAACAAAGUGUAGAAAAAAUACUCGCCCCCACAACUAGCACUAUUACUACUACUGCUAGUGCUAAUAGUACUGGUAGUUGUGUUAUUAGCAAUGGUGGCAUGAGUCCCAGUGACCAUAGUUCUCCAUGUUUUGAAGAUGUAUACAAGCCAGAAAUGACCCUUUGUGCUGAUGAAUUCGAGACAGGUUGUUCAGAAUCCGGGUUCGAUCAAUUUUCCUUGCUCGAUCUGCCAAGAAAGAUCGAUUCUCAGUUGACGGAAUUUGAUAGGAUGAAAGUUGAGAGACAAAUAUCAGCAUCUCUAUAUGCAAUGAACGGAGUGCAUGAGUACAUGGAAAGUACUGUCCAGGAUCCAAUUGGUGAAGCAUUUUGGGAUCUUCCACCUCUCUGUCCAUUGUUCUACUCCAUUUGA